AUGACAAAACUUUCCAAUUGGCUAGAAGAAAACCUUUUUAAUAAUAUUAAGCACGACCUCGAGUCAACGCUUGACGCUCUAAUUGAUCUGAAGCCACCUUUGAAAAUAGACACCAUAUCCGAAAAAAAAAAAUCUUUACGAUCGUCUAUUCGUGCCCUCUUCAAGAAUAAACCAAAAUUUCAACAAACUUAUAAAUCAUUGUAUAUGUGGAUCACAGAAAAUAAACUUAAAAUUAUUAAUCAAAAUAAUCGUGCAGUUUUUAGGAGAACACGAUUUUUUUCUAACGUAUUGCAACACGCAAUUGGAAGCCUGACGGACUGCAAACUCGAGAAAGAGUUGCAGGAGACGGAAGAAUUGCAGGAGAAGGAAGAGUUGCAGGAGACGGAAAGCCAGAGAGACAAAAAUGAAGACAAAGAAGAAGAUCAAGGUGAUGAAACAGAUGAUCAAAAGGAAAAAGAUCAAGGUGAUGAAAAAGAUGAUCAAAAGGAAAAAGAUCAAGGUGAUCAAGAAAACGAAAAGAAAGAUCAAAUUGAUGUGACUUGUGAUUUAUUAUCCUCACCAAUACCACAACGGUUCUCAUUUCUGCCUUCAGAACAAGGCGCAUACAUUUCUCAUAAAACUGUGGAGAACUUCGUUUCAAAAUGUAACCCACCAAAACUAACUGAUUUCUCUGAUGCGGAUUUAUUAUGUGUGCUUAACUUUAUUAUUCAAAACUUAUCUCUGUUCACGCGUGGUCAACAUCAAACAUUAUUCUACGGAUCGUACAAAUCCGACCCAUCAUUUUUAUUCAAAGCCUUUAAAGUCGAAGCUAGAAACCAUAAUGCUCAUGGAAUAACAUACUUAGAAGGAAGAUGGAGUGAUGAGAAAUUACAAAGACUCUCAACGUUAGCAUUAGAAGUAAUCGUAUGUCUUGGAGAUCAAGAAGCAUUCGGACCACUAAUGGAAAUUAAGCGUAAAUUAGAUACUGAACUCAUAGAACGAUUGUCCUCAACAAGAAAGAGAAAGCACGAAGAAGAAGAUGUGUGUGCGAAGAAAAGAAAUCUGACAAAUAUAGAGUAUGGAGAGUUUACAGACUUUGCCUUACGUUUAGUUAGCAAACUGGAAAGGAAUGAGAAACAAGCAAGUCAAAUCGUACGAAUGGUUGUAGAUAAAAAUGAGGUAUUGGUGAACGUCUGGAAAAGUUUAAUAACUCAGAAAGAUGAGGAUAAGAAAAUUAAGAAAUUCGUGGCUCUUACGAAUUUCCAGUUUGAUAUGAAUUUAAAAAUCAAAGAGGAUGAGGCUUGA